AUGUCAAGGAUUUUGAUGAUGCUCGCAAUUAUCUCAUUCUAUCACGUAAGUUCAACUGCUGUAAGAGACAAUAGGAAAGAAUUCUCCAGCGGUUUUUGUAAACACUCGAUAAAUCCUGAUCAGAAGGUAGGCGGGGAUGAGCUAAGUAACGAGGAACAAAAAGAACAUAGCAAGAAGGAAUUCAUGAUCAAUACACAUAUAGAAGAGUGUACAAAAGACACGAAUGUAAGACUGAUGAUGAAUGAUCCGUUUUAUUACCCAAUCCUACGAUUCAUACGUACGAACACCAAACACAAGCAUCCAAAGUAUGGUAGGCCCGUUGCUAUAUGCGGUCCGAAGCAUAUUUAUCUGCGAUUGGAUAAUAAGACACGUUUAGAUCAAAUUAGAAUUUAUUUAAAGCUAUUGCGGUAUUGUCUUAAAGUUGCUGCGGGAUUUUACGAGCCACUUCUCAAAAAGUUAAAAUCGGAGAUAGGGUGGAAAACUCGUUCACAAACCAGAGAAGUUGAUGAAAUAUUGGAAGUAAUAUUUCAACUAUCUGUGUGUAAAAAAAAUAUCUUCAAAAUAAGUAGUAUUCUGCAUGUCCAAAUCAUUUCGCUGGGUGCUAACGCAAAAAUGUUAGAUUUGCUGGAAAUAUUUGAACAAUCACGGCAAACAAACCUUUUAAGUAUAAAAAGUUUAUACACAAAGCUGGAGAAUAUACUGUUUGCAAAUUGUUAUAAAAAAAUGAAAUCUUGUUACACUGGAAUGCAUGGAUUAACCAACAACAAAAAUGAAAGACUUGACACUGCAGAUAUUGUUGUCAGUGCAUCAAAUUUAACGAGUCAAAGCGGCAGGCACGUGCGAUACAAAAGGGUCAAACACAGGAUCAAAACUGUGAGCAGCCACGAAGUAGCACUCAACCUAGAUAACGGAUCAAACUAUACUUCUGUCAACAAUACACGAUGCCUUGCACAGCAAGAUGUAUUUGUCGAACAUACCCAUCAUGUGUCAAGUUCUAAAACCAACAUUGAUAACCAAAAUACGAGCACUGAAGAUCGGGUAGAAGGUUGUAAUCGCAAAAUGAAUAAGGGAACGAAUACAUCACAUGAAGAACAUUACGAAAAUAGAUAUGAAAUGGUGGGAGUAACCUUAUAUAUCGUGUCAGAUAUGCAGAAGUAUGAGCAAACGAAAAUAUUCAUUGAGGCUAGUCCAACGGCUCCCUCGACCAUUUCCGGGAUGGCACGAGAAAGUAAAAAAUGUCAAGAAGCUCACGAGAUGGUAAAAAUAGUAAUAGAAUCGAAUGAAUCACACAAGUGUGGUUGUCAUGCCAAAGAAUACCGGCUGAAUGGUUUGAUUGAACCGAUAUCGAAUCGUAAAUGUGUGACAGGCAAAGAUGUUUUGGAAGAAAGCAAGACAAAAAUUAUUGACCCACCAACUGAUGUUGAUCAUAAACCUAAGCAUCAGAAUGAUAAAGGGCAGAAAAAAAAGAAAAACACAAUCAUACUGGCAUGUAUGUUUUGUGUGGUUAUAAUUGUUCUUGCAUUUAUCAUAACGUGUAUAUGUCGAUGGAGACAAGUGAAGGAGAUGCUUAAUUGA